AUGGAGUCUGAUGCCACAAGGACACGACCGAAAUUUGAGCGCAAAUCAAGAUCGGAGAAAAGACUUGCUAACCCCCUGGUUAAGGGAAUAGUAGCAUUCUGCGCGAAGCGAGGCAUCGUCAUCGCCACUAAUGAAGAGGGCGCCUCGUCCUCGCUAGCAGCUGAAGCCUCCAUCCCGGCUCAAAUGUCCCGAGGAACCUCAGACUUCCAGUGUGAGACGUCUCGAUCUUCUCUCCAAGUUUCGCUCUCUUUCUCAGACCUCCCGAAACGCUACACGCUGUAUGCUCCGCUGCUCCUGCUCGCGCACAAUUUCCCGACACGGAAUCCGCGCUGGAGAGACUUCUAUAAUGCUCUCUCGCAGCCGGAGAGAAGCGAAUUGUUCAAAUGUAUCGCCGAGGAGGGAUUCGCGGGCCUCGGCGUGAGUCGAAUCGCAGUUAAUGCGCCUAUUGCCGCGGAAGAGAACGGGGAAGAGGUUAAUGAGCCCGAAAGACCUGAAGCAUGGGCUGGUAAAUAUCCGUCUAUCAGGCCCGAUCCUGAUGUGCACGAUAAGGAUCUAACUACGAUGACAAAUCCGACCGACUCAGACACAGAGGUACAGGUACCGAGCCAGAAGCGGAGGCAACACAUCCUCCGUAGCCCAUCAGGCUUGGUCCCCGUAUAUGGCGACUGGGGGCCCCAACCUCGACAGAUACCUUCUCCGAAAGGCAGGCUUCUCCUCACGGACCCGACGACUCGAGACUUCAGCGAAGCCUUCUGGACAUCCACGACCCAACAUCGCGGUAUCAUGCAGUGCUGGGCCCCCCUAUACACCAUGUUCAGCCGAGGGAAUGUUUCUGAGAAAGCCCGGAUCCUUGGGCUGGCCCCAGCAUCUACAUCGCCUUCUGCAGGAGAGAAGGCCGAGAUCGGAGGCCGAUUCCCCGGUUUGUCACCGCCGGCGCUCGAUGAACCAAUUGAGGCUGUCGACGUCAUCGAUUUCUACGUCGGCAUCGGGUAUUUUGCCUUCUGCUACCUGGCGUGCCGGGUGAGGAGAGUCUGGGGCUGGGACAUUAACCCGUGGAGCAUCGAGGGAUUGAGGCGGGGCUGUGAGAGGAAUGGAUGGGGGUGUGUGGUGGUCAGGGUCGAUGAAGAUGGGAAAUUGGUCGGGAUGGGUGUGAAAGAGCUGGUGGAGAGGGUGGUAGGAGUGCAGGGCGACACAAACGUGAGAAACGGAGGCCGAAUGGCAAAAGGAACAGAAAAUGUUGGGGGAGCAAGAAUUGGAGCAGGCAAUGAGAGCGGUAGAGGGAAUGAAGAACGGGCGGAUGUCAUCAAAUGUGUGGCAUUCCUGGGGGAUAACAAAUGGGCGGACAAGGUUAUGAGGGAGGUUCGAUGCGAGUUUGACGGACAAGAAAGGGGACUGAAUGUCAGACAUGUGAAUUUGGGAUUGCUUCCGACUUCGGGGGGGAGUUGGGAGAAUGCCAUCAGGAUGGUGACGGGGUCGUAUAAUCAAGGGAAAGGAGGAUGGUUGCAUGUGCAUGAGAAUGUCGAUAUUGGAAGGAUUGACGAGAUGAAGGGAAAUAUCGUCCAAGGUAUCGAGAGACUGGCUUCUCGCGAAGCAGGACGCGAGGGUAAUCAAAGGACACACUGGGUCGUUUCAUGCGUGCAUGUCGAGGAGGUCAAGACGUAUGCGCCCGGUGUCAUGCAUUGCGUUUUUGAUAUCGAGAUCAAAGCCAAUGGAUGA